UCAAGAAGAUAGGGGGCCGGAACUGAGAAGUGAGGACUGGCGUCUGAGGCCAAGAGACGGUCCCGCUAAGCUGUCUCCAACGCCACCACCACGUGCUCCUUUCCACCGCACAUUCGCACAAACAACAGGCACACUCACUUCGCUACUACUCCACUGUACUACUACUUGUUACGACAUUUGCUGCUUGCAUUUCUUCGCCAAACUACGGCUACAGCAAUUUGCCACUUUUUGCCACCUCCCAAAAAUCCCACCAAGAUUCUGUCUUGGGAUCGCUAAAACAAAAGCCAUUCUAAUUCGUCAAAGAAGUCUAAAGAACAGCUCUGCAAAAGUGUUGGCCGAGAAAGAAGAACAGAGGGAAAUUCUUAGAGUCUCUCUCUUGUUCUUUUGGACAACCAAUUCCCAUGUACAUUUCCUCCUCCUCCUCCUCCUCCAGCUGCUAUUGCUGUAUCUUUUGGUUUAAUUGGGUUCUCUGCUUGAUUAGCUUUAGCUCAGCAACAGAUCCUUAUGUCUUCUUUGAUUGGACUGUCUCUUAUGUCACUGCUUCACCUCUUGGAGUUAAACAACAGGUGAUUGGAGUCGAGGGACAGUUUCCUGGACCAAUUCUCAAUGUCACCACCAACUGGAAUGUUGUUGUCAAUGUCAAGAAUAAUCUUGACGAACCUUUGCUUCUCACAUGGAAUGGUAUUCAACAGCGGAAAAAUGCUUGGCAAGACGGAGUCUCUGGCACAAACUGUCCCAUUCCUGCUGGAUGGAAUUGGACAUAUCAGUUUCAGGUCAAAGAUCAGAUUGGCAGUUUCUUUUAUUUCCCUUCCCUAUACUUCCAGAGAGCUGCUGGUGGAUAUGGGGGAAUUGUUAUCAACAAUAGAGAUGUUAUUGCAGUCCCAUUUGAAACACCAGAUGGAGAUAUCACUCUGUUUAUUAGUGACUGGUAUAUCAAAAGCCACAAGGAACUCAGAGAGCAGGUUGAAAGUGGAGUUGGCCUUGGUGGACCUGACGGUAUCUUAAUUAAUGGAUUUGGUCCGUACCGCUAUGAUAGUGCAGUUGUCCCAGAUGGUAUUGCUUUCCAGACAAUAUAUGUGGAUCCAGGGAAAACAUACCGUAUACGUGUACACAAUAUUGGUAUAUCUACUAGCUUGAAUUUCAGAGUCCAGAACCACAACUUGCUUCUUGUGGAGACCGAAGGAUCAUACACAGUACAACAGAACUACACAAACAUGGAUAUCCAUGUUGGUCAGUCGUAUUCAUUCUUGGUCACGAUGGAUCAAAAUGCUAGCAGUGAUUACUACAUUGUUGCCAGCCCACGUUUUGUGAAUUCCUCUGCUUGGACCAAGGCUAUUGGGGUUUCUAUCUUGCACUACUCAAAUUCACUUGGACCUGCAUCAGGUCCUCUUCCAGACCCUCCUAAUGAAUAUGACACGUAUUUCUCAAUGAAUCAAGCAAGAUCCAUAAGAUGGAAUGUUUCUGCUGGCGCUGCUCGCCCAAACCCUCAAGGAUCUUUCAAAUAUGGCCAGAUCACCGUGACUGAUGUGUAUGUGAUCCUUAAUAGGCCUCCUGAGCUUAUAGAUGGAAAGUGGCGUACAACUCUUAAUGGUAUUUCUUACUUAGCACCUUCAACACCUCUCAAGCUUGCCCAGCAAUUUAACAUUCCGGGGGUGUUCAAGCUUGACUUCCCAAAUAGACUGAUGAAUAGACCUGCAAAAGUUGACACAUCUGUAAUCAACGGCACUUUCAAAGGGUUUAUGGAAAUAAUAUUCCAGAACAAUGACACAACUGUCCAGAGUUACCACUUGGAUGGAUAUGCUUUCUUUGUUGUAGGGAUGGAUAAUGGUGUGUGGACGGAGAACAGUAGAAGCACUUACAACAAGUGGGAUGGUGUAGCUCGCUGCACUACCCAGGUUUUUCCGGGAGCUUGGACAGCCAUAUUAGUUUCUUUGGACAAUGCUGGUAUUUGGAAUCUUCGUGCACAGAAUCUUGACUCGUGGCACCUAGGUCAGGAAGUUUAUCUUAGCGUGGUGAAUCUGGAGAUGGACAAGAACGAGCUUCCUUUGCCAGAUAAUACAAUAUAUUGUGGUGCACUCUCAUCAUUACAGAAAAUCCUAGUCAUAUUGAGCUGGCUGCGCAAAGGUUUGAAGAACAAUACUGAGUUCAGUUUAUCAAGAGAACACAUGAGCAGGCAUGGUAUAGAAACUUAUGGCAAAUAUUUUGCUCUAAUAGUACCACCGUCUGCAUUUGGAUUUUGCAGAGACCAGGCCCAGAGGGUCAACUUCUCUCGUGCAUCUCGCUGUCCUGUGGCAAUGAAAACCAUUCUGGCUGCAGUUUUUGUGGCACUAUUCGGAACCUGCUUCACGUAGUAAGUGUGCAGCAAAGUAGAAGCAAGCAAAUCAAGCCCAAUAGCACGAUGGCUAGCACAGAUGCAUUCUGUAACUUGACUUUCAUGGGAAAAGAGGAGACAUCACAUGAGUGGUCGUGCUCUUAACAAUUUUUUCUUAAAGAGUUUCUUUUGACUUUAUCGUAUUUACAUUUUCAGUUUCUUGUAUAUCUUGUAUAAUCCAACCUACCUCUACCUGUGAGCAGCAUAAUGAGGGAGGGAUGAGUUUUGAGUGUCAUGGCACAGGUUGAUUUCUUUGAAAAGGCAAAUGAGAGCUGAUAAAUUGAUAAUUAAUCUUCAGGAACUCUGGAAGAAAUAUGAAGGUCUUGAUUACUGAUAGUACUGUUGAGUAAUUUACAUAUAUUGACUUAUCAGAA